AUGAGCAAGGAACACACCUUGGCUGAGUGUUCAUUGUUGAUGGACGCCGAGAAGAGCGGUCAUUCUGUGGACAUGCUUGAAGAAUUUAUUUAUCUUCUUGACUCGGAAAAAUUGAUAUCCUAUUUUAAAGAAGUAUAUCCAAGUGAUAAUCAUUAUAAAGAAUUUUGUGAAGAAUAUGAUAUAAAUGACAUUAAUUUUCAAAAAUUAAUUUCCGGUAAAAGAUUAUAUAAUUCUGGAUUAGUUUCCAUUCGGAAUUAUUUAAUUGCCAAGUUUUGUGAUAAAAAACAUCAAGUAGAAACCGGAACUUUUCACACCACAACCAAUCAAAUGAUAAAAAAAAUUACAAAUUCCUUAAAUUCUAGUAAUAAUUCUCCAUGUAAAGGAAUAGUAUUUAUAGACGCUGACAAUUCGAUAUAUUGUCUAAAAUAUAUAUCAGACCUUGCAAUGAAAGCAAAUAAUUUUUAUGAUUUACAUAUCGUAAUUGUAAUGAGCAAAGGGAUGACAUCUAACAAAUUAAUUGGACUGGAAACAAGACAUUGGGUCUCCAUCAUUCAAGCAGCUACUAAUUCAAAAAGUGCUGUAGACAUUGCAUUACAAAGUGCUGCCAUUGCUCUAAGUUUAGAAUUGGAUAAGAUAGACUCUGAUAUUCCGUUUUUUAUUGUCUCUGCUGACCAUUUUAGUGAAGAAUCUGUGCAACAAUUAACAUCAAUUGGCAGAGGAAGAAAAUCAUUCAGAAUCGACACGAGUAUUAACAAAGAUUUAACAACAUACUUUCAAAAUUAUUUCGGAGGUAGUUCCGAAAAAUCUAUGGAGAAUCACAUUAUUCACAACAAUUCAGAUCUAGCUCAUUCAACAACCACCAAACUCACCCACAACGUCAAGAAGGCUUUAGAACCCAUUAUCCCUUCUGAAAAACCUGCAUCAAGUAGCAUGCCCCUUUCGAUGGCCAAUAAUGAACCGUUGUCAAAGAUCCAAAAGAAUUUGUAUCCAACGUUACCAACUCCUCCAAUACGCUUUCCAGUAGUGUCAGUUAACACUAACAUUGACACACUACCAAACCGUUUCUCUGAUGUACAAUCACGUAGUAAUCAGGUCAUGCAACCCUUAUAUGUGCGACCUCCAAUUGUCACAACACUCAAGCCAUCCGCAUCAGUUGUAAAUCCAUCGUGUGACAAUAUUCAUACUUAUUCUGCCCUCACCGAUGAAGAAUUGCGCAAAUUUUACCAUGAUAAUUGUUAUCACUUCAGUAGUCAUGCAGAAUUUUGCAGAAGAUAUGGUAAUAUUGACAGCUCCAACUUUUCCAAAUGGAGAAGAGGAUUGAAAAGCAGUCCAGCAAGCAGAAAUGCAGUUCUUCAAUUCAAAUCUGAUAUUGAGAGUGGGAAAUUAUUGCACAAUAUUUUAUAA